CGACCAUCACUCCUUUCUAACAAUGAAUAAAUGUGAAACCAAGAAGGGAGGAGAUAGCAGCAGAGCCAAUUUCAUGGUCGACUUGGCAGAAGAAGAAGAAGAAGAAGAGGUUUAUUGCGAGUGUCCACUUGAAGCUGUGAUGAGGACAUCCAGAACCUCCAGAAACCCUAAUCGAGCAUUCUGGGCAUGCUCACAGUACAGAUCAAAGGCUGAACCCGGGUGUGGCUUCUUUGAUUGGUGUGAUGUCCGAGCUGUGCAAUUCAAAGAGCAAAGACUUCGGAAUGUGAUCGCCAAAUUGCAAAGUAAAGUCUGCAGCCUGGAGAAAGAGAAUGAUAGGUUGGUUCAGUUGUUGGCUGUUAGUCGACCAACAUCUGCUGCUGCUUGUGAUCAAUUUAUGAAUGUCGACAAUAGGGAGAUUGAAGUGGUGAAACAGAGAUUGACUCAAGUGGAGAGGCAACUUAGUCGAGUUUGGAUUAACUAAUUGUUGUCAUGUAUGAAUGCCUACUCUGCUCAACUCUUGUAUUUUGUUUAUGUUUGUAGAAUGAAAUGGCUGAAAAUGGUAUUGAAUAGGUCUGAUGUAGCAGUUAUGUGUGUAAUG